UCAUAUAUUACCCACACAUGAUUCUAGCUAUAAGAGAAAUGAAACUAAAUGCUCAGGAAAUAAGUCAGCCAUGGCAAGGCCAAGCUCUGUCUUCCUCAUUUUGUUUCUUCAUGCAGUCCUCAAUAGCUCAACCAGUUCUUGCGGAAGUAGAUCCGAGCAUCCAACAACAAAACACCGCGCUCAUGUUGCGCCCUUUUUCAUAUUCGGAGACUCUUUCUUAGAUGCUGGCAACAAUAAUUACAUCAACACCACAACCCUCGACCAAGCAAAUUUCUGGCCUUAUGGAGAGACUUUUUUCAAGUUCCCAACCGGGCGGUUCUCUGAUGGCCGUUUGGUAUCGGAUUUUAUAGCUGAAUAUGCAAAGCUGCCAUUGAUUCCACCCUUUCUGAAACCUGGGAAUCCUCACUAUCUCAACGGCGUGAAUUUUGCUUCUGCUGGGGCGGGCGCUCUGGUUGAAACCUUUCAAGGGUCGGUUGUUGAUCUCAGAACACAGCUAAGUUACUACAAAAAGGUAGUAGUGACUUGGUUGAGAAGGAAGUUAGGCAAAGUUGAAGCCAAAAUGACAUUAUCAAGAGCUGUCUACUUGUUUAGCAUCGGAAGCAAUGAUUAUACCAGUCUUUUCUUAACCAAUUCCACUGUACUUAACACAUAUUCCAAAUCAGAAUAUGUUGGUAUUGUGAUUGGUAAUCUGACAACCAUCAUCAGUGAUAUACAUAAAAGAGGUGGUAGGAAAUUUGGGUUCAUCAAUUUGCCUGCCUUGGGAUGUCUGCCAGGCAUCAGAAUCAUCAAUCCAGAUCAUAACAAACGUGGCUGCUUAGAAGAAGCUUCAUUGUUGGCAAAAUUACACAACCGAGCUCUGUACAACCUUCUCCGGGAAUUGGAGAAGCAGUUGAAGGAGUUCAAAUAUUCAGUUUUCAACCUCAACAUCAAUCUUAGACAAAGAAUGAAUCAUCCCUCAAAAUAUGGAUUCAAGGAAGGGAAAGGAGCAUGCUGUGGAACAGGACAACUGAGAGGAGUGUACAGUUGUGGAGGAAAAAGACUGGUGAAGGAGUUCCAAGUAUGUGAGAAUCCAAAAGAAUAUGUGUUUUGGGACUCUUACCAUCUCACAGAAAGGGCCUACAAACAAUUGGCAGAUGAAAUGUGGAGUGGGGAAAGCAACACCAACAGCAUGCAGGGUCCUUACAAUCUGAGAGAUCUAUUCCAAAAUCUCUAAAAACUCCUUUAAUGCAUCUUUAGUGCUUGUAAUAUUGCAGAAAUAAUUAGAGUAAAUGAGAAAGAAGAUAUUGCUAGAAAUCUUAUAGGCUAGGGCUAGCAACAUUUAAGAAUAUUGUCAGGUUUAUUAUGGCAUUUUCCCCCUUUUGACAAGACAAUGGAUAAUCUUACUUUAAUUUGUGUAUUGAGUGACAAAAAUUUAUAUCAUGUACUACAAAACA